AUGUUGGCUACAAGAAAUACCAUCCGAAGUCUAGCAAGGCUGCCAAAGAGCUGCAUCCAACGUACCUCCAAGCUUUCUGCGACUCCUGCAACUGUUACCAGCAGGUCUUUAUAUUCAGACGCCUAUACCAACACAGCAACCCCCUUGUGCCCAUCUGCUGGCUCCUCUACGUCGCAACGUAUACCGAGCUCGAGGCUAAAUGGCAGCUUCCGCAUAGCUCGUAGGGAUUUUUCUGCAACCACAGCUGUUUCCCAUGGUCACCUUGACCCUCCCAAGCCUGGCGAAGAGCUCUACGUGACAUUCAUCGAUAAGGAUGGCGACGAGCAUAAGAUUGCGGUCAGCAAGGGCGAUAACCUGUUGACUAUUGCACAGGCCCAUGACAUCGAGAUGGAGGGCGCCUGCGAAGGAUCCUGCGCCUGUUCGACAUGCCAUAUAAUAGUAGAGAGCGAGGACGCCUUUGACAAAAUACCCGAGGCGACCGACGACGAGAAUGACAUGUUGGAUCUAGCAUUCGGCUUGACUGAGACAUCGAGGCUUGGCUGCCAGAUCGACAUGACUCCCGAGCUGAAUGGAUUACGAGUGCGGCUGCCCUCUAACACGAGGAACUUACAAGCCAAAGAUUUUAGCGCAUAG